GGUAAAAAUGUCUAGUAAUGGUAGCCAGACGCCAUCCACUUCUAUUGGUCUCAUGGCAAAGGAGGCAGUUGUUCAUGGAGGCAAUUAGCCACACAUUCCGUUUCCUCUUCCUAUUAUUGACUCUCUUCCUCUAUUGCUCCAGGCAGUAGAGACCAAUUGUCAUGCCUUGGAGCUUUUAAAACCCUAGGCACUACACAACAAAUUAGGAGGUAGAACAGAAGAAGCACUUUUCAUAAUUCUUAGGACACAAUGUGCCCCAAACAUUUUCAGGUUCUCAGGUUUUUUGGGAAACUGUUUUCCUGAUUUCAGUGCAUACUGCCACCAAGUAGGGACCUGUUUAACUGCGUGAAACUAAAGAAAUGGGUGUUGGUACCAAAUUACUAUGUUAAAGAAGUAUUGUUUUCGGUGUUGUAUCCUGGAGGUAUGGCUUUGCAAAAAUUUUGUCUUUUGGUUUUUUUACUGGGAAAUAAGCCUCAUAAGUACAUUUCCUGGUUCCUGUGUGCUUGGGAGAAUGUACUUCUUGGGAGAAUGUACUUCGUAUGAGAAUAGGUUGUUCUUAGGCCCCAUUCAUUCUCAGGUGCGGUGGCAUCCCUGAUCAGCUGUCAGUUGUUGUCUUGCAAUCUUCCAGGACUGCUCUUCUUGUUUCUGAGCUGUAAGUACUAUUAGUAAGAAAGAAUUCAUUGUAGUGGUGAUUUUCCACAGACACAAAUUCCUGUACGUUAUUCUUAGGCGCUAUUCAUUCUCAGGCGCCACUGAUUGCAUGUACGUGUUGCGGCAUCCCUGAUCAGCUGUCAGUUGUUGUCUUGCAAUCUUCCAGGACUGCUCUCCUUGUUUCUGAACUAAAUGGCGAAGAGAUUUAGAACCACCGAAGAAAUUCUAGAGUAUUUCUUUUCUCUACCCGACAAUGAGGAUGCCUCAGAGGAGGAGAGUGAUGAGGAUGCCUCAGAGGAGGACAGUGACGAGGAUGCCUUGGAGGACCUUACCAGUCUUGAGCAAUCUGCAGCACAUUCUGAAGGUAGGGACAACAACACUGACAUGGUAGUUGAGAAUGAGGAAGAAGUCGAUGUAGCAGAGGAAGGGGAUGAAGCAGAUGAUGAUGCCCAUGAUGAAAGGGAAGGAAGUGAAGGGGAAUGGUGCGAGGAUGUCUCAUACUUUGAAAAUCUAACUGCCUCACUUCAGCAACAUGCCCAAGUUUACCCGGACUUGGCCCAUACAGACACAGAAGUAGAUUAUUUUUUGUCUGUAUUUACGGAGGAGAUGUUGGAAACUAUAAAGAACCAAACGAAUCUUUAUGCAACCCAGGAACGCACCACACGAUCUAGAGGGCAGGAGAUUAGAAGGUCAACACAAAACUGGCAGCCUACAACCGUAGAGGAAAUAAAGGCAUACAUUGCUGUGCACAUAGUGAUGGGUAUACACGUCUUGCCAGAGCUCAGGCAUUAUUGGUCCAGUGACCCUAGCCUGGGUGUUGCUUCGGUUCCAGAACUUAUGACUAAAGCUAGAUUCAAGAAACUGACCGAGAACAUACACUGCAAUGACAAUUCAAAAGCCGUGCCCAAAGGAGAACCUGGCUACGACUGGCUUCACAAAUUGCGCCCAAUUAUCAAUGCUCUUAAUAGCCGCCUAAAGGAGGUGUAUGUGCCAUCAAGUGUCAUGGCAGUUGAUGAAAGCAUGGUACCAUUCAAGGGCCAUUCAUCAAUAAAACAAUACAUGCCCAUAAAGCCUGUUAAGCAGGGGUACAAAGUUUGGUGCUUGGCUGACUCACAAACUGGCUUUGUGACUCAGUUUGAUAUCUACUGUGGAAAAAAAGGUGUAGACCACAAUUCGUCUCUCUCCGUUGGUGAGAGUGUUGUACUUGGACUAUGUCAUUCAUGGUACCAUUCUCAUAGGCUUAUUUCCUUCAACAAUUUUUUUACAUCCUAUCACUUGAUGAAAAGCAUGAACGAAAGGGGACUGUAUGCUGUUGGCACAGUGCGAGCAACUAGAAAGGGGCUACCAGACAUGCUGAGGAGGAAAGAUGGUUUACAACGCGGAGAAUUUAAGUUUCGUACGAAAGGGUGCGUGUCAGCAGUAAAGUGGCAGGACAAUAAACCUGUGACAGUUUUGUCAACAUUCCACAAUCCAAAGGAUAUCACUGUUGUCAAAAGAAAGAACAAAGAUGGUUCCUCUUCACAAAUCCCUUGCCCAAGAGCAGUUGCAGAAUACAAUGCCAUUAUGGGAGGAGUGGACCGCUUUGACCAGAGACGCGAAAGGUAUGCAAUUGGAAGACGCUCUCGCAAAUGGUGGCAUCGGUUGCUGCAUUUUCUUAUUGACCUUGCCAUUGUGAACAGUUUUAUAAUGUGGAACUGUAACCACGGGGGCAGAUGUAACCAACUGUCCUUCAGGCUCGCUCUCAGCAGGCAGCUUACUGUGGGCCAGAAAAGAAAGAAAAGAGGAAGACCCUCGUUUAUGGCGUGGGUCAAGCGAGGAGUAACCGGAGUGCCAGAUGAGGUACGACUGCAGCAGGUUGGAAAGCAUUUUCCUGUCAAAGGAUCUAGAAGGCGAUGCAGAGAAUGCAGUACCAGGAAAAAGGAGACUAGAACAAGAGUUAUGUGUAAGCAGUGCCAGGUGCCUUUGUGUAUUGGCCCAUGUUUUGAAAAGUUUCACGAAAAAAAAUAAAAUUGCUAAGAUAAAACGAUCUCAUCCUUGCCUCAUAGUGCCAAUAUUUCCUACUUCUGGAAUUUUCUGGGACAUAUGUGCCCCACAAAAUAUGUAUCGAAAUCCGUAUUUCGUCACAUAAAUUAAGAACUCCUUAAUUCAGCAUGUCUUCCAUUACUGAAAACACAUAGUAUCUAAAAAAUUUUAAA